UUCAGUUGGAUUCUCUUAGUGAAAGGUACAAAAUUUACAUGCUGGUUCCAAGGAAUAUAGACAUGGAUUACUAUGUGGGUGUUGAUGUAGGAACAGGAAGUGCUCGAGCUGCUCUAGUAUCUUCCACAGGAAAGAUACUGAAAAUGACAACAUGCCCACUUGAAAUUUUCCACCCCGCUCCUAAUUUUUAUGAACAGUCAUCUGAUAAUAUUUGGAGUGCAGUCUGCCAUGUAGUGAAGUCAGUUGUAGCUGAUAUCUCUGCAGAAUAUGUACGGGGUAUUGGUUUUGCUGCUACUUGUUCAUUGGUAGCAAUUGACAAAACAGGAUCACCAGUCACAGUUAGUCCAACAGGUGAAGAUAAGCAGAAUGUUAUAUUAUGGAUGGACCAUAGAGCACAGAAAGAAGCUGAUUUUAUAAAUGAACAGAAUCACGAGAUGCUUCAGUAUGUAGGUGGGAAAGUAUCGUUAGAGAUGCAAACACCCAAAAUGUUAUGGCUCAAAAAUAAUCUACCUUCAUCUUGGAACCGUGCAGCACUGCUAUUUGAUCUGCCUGAUUUCUUAACCUGGAAGGCUACAGGUUCUGAAUCAAGAUCUCUAUGCUCUUUAGUAUGCAAGUGGAACUAUAGCGCUGGUCCUGAUGGUAACAAUAAAUGGGACGAAGAAUUCUUUGAACAAAUUCACUUAAAAGAUCUUAAAAAAGAUAAUUGGAGGAAAAUAGGUAAUGAUGUGAGGACUCCGGGCCAUCGGGUUGACCAAGGACUGUCGGCAAAAGCUGCUACUGAAUUGGGACUCCUAAAACGAACAGCUGUGGGAACAUCGCUUAUUGAUGCACAUGCUGGAGGGCUUGGUAUGAUAGGCUGUUAUGUACCUGAUGUAUCCCCUAAAUUACAAAGUAGAUUAGCAUUAAUUUGUGGCACAUCAACUUGCCAUAUGAUAGUUAGUGAGAAGAAACUUUUUGUUAGUGGCGUCUGGGGGCCAUAUUUCAGUGCCAUGGUUCCAGGAAUGUGGUUGAAUGAAGGAGGGCAAAGUGCAACUGGAAAAUUAGUCGACCAUAUAAUUGAUACCCAUCCCGCAACACCAGGGAUUUUGAAAAGCUUAAGUGGCAAUAAACACAUACAGCAAUAUUUGUCUGAAUUAUUGCAAACGAUAGCUGAUCAAAAAAAUUUGGAAAAUGUUUCAUACUUAACAAAAGAUAUUCAUAUAUGGCCUGACUUUCACGGAAAUCGAUCCCCUUUAGCUGAUCCGGCUCUGAAAGGGAUGAUUUCAGGACUCUCUCUAUCCGUUGAUCAUGAAAACUUGGCACUAUUAUACUUGGCAACGAUACAAGCUUUAACGUAUGGUACGAAGUAUAUUUUGGAAACGUUAGAAGCUGCCGGCCACAAAAUAGAGACUUUACUAGUUUGCGGUGGUCUAAGCCAAAAUCCACUAUUUAUCCAAAUACAGGCGGAUGUAUUAGGUUUACCUGUACUGUGCCCUAUAGAAAAGGAAUCAGUACUGAUAGGAGCUGCGAUUCUUGGAUCUUAUGCAGCUGGGAGGUUCAAUACAGUAUAUGACGCUACACAAACAAUGGGAGGAUCUGCAAAUAUUGUUAAACCUAAAAACGAAUGCUACAAGUAUCAUCUUCAAAAAUAUCUAGUAUUUCGGAGAAUGGUACAAGAUCAAAAAGAUUACAGAGAGAUUAUGAGCAAAGAAUUUUUAUAACUAUACCAUUACAAGCGCUGUAUCUGUAAUUAUUAACGCUAUAUUAACAGACGUGAAUAAAUAAAAAAAUAUAUUGAACAAUUAUAGAGCAAUCUCAUAGAAUCUCGUAAAUAAUAAAUAAUGCGGAGCAGUGCGCUACUUCUUACACAUUUUUUAUCUAAUUAAAUAUAUUUUGUGUACACGAUUAUUGAAACAUAUUUUAGUUACCUACUUUACAUUUUAUCCUUGUUUGUUAUAAAUAAAGAUAUGCAUAAAAAUA